GCAGUGAGUGCACAUGUGCCAGUAAAUACAGCUGUCACACGGAGCAAAGGAUCUCACACAUUAGUUGAACAGAAGGAAGAAGUAGGAGACGAGCGACGAGUGAACAGCCGUCACCACGUGAACACACAGAGCCCACUGGACCAGAACACCUUGUAACGUGUCAUGGCUCCCAGCCUGGCCCAGGCCUACAGGAGGAGGUGGUGGAUGGCCGUCACGGCCAUUGUGGAGAACCUGCUGUUCUCUGCGGUUCUGCUGGGCUGGGGUUCACUGCUCAUCAUGCUGAAGAACGAGGGCUUCUACUCCCACCUGUGCACAGAGAACCACACCGCUCCCUCCAACACCACGUCCUCGGAGCCGGGGGAGUGGGCGAGCUGCGUGGAGCAGGAGGAGGUUCUGAACCUGGGCUUCACCAUCGGCUCCUUCCUGCUGAGCGCGGCCACUCUGCCGCUGGGCAUCCUGAUGGACCGAUUCGGGCCGCGGCCCCUGAGGCUCGUGGGCAGCUCGUGCUUUGCUGCGUCCUGUGCCAUGAUCGCCGCUGCCGCCUACAACCCUGAAGUGCUGUCUGGGCUCAUCUUCCUGGCUGUCUCCUUCAACGGCUUUGGAGGAAUUUGCCUGACCUUCACCUCACUCACACUGCCGAACAUGUUUGGCAACAUACGGUUGACCAUUCUGUCCCUGAUGAUCGGCUCCUACGCCUCCUCAGCCGUGACCUUCCCUGGUGUCAAGGUGAUUUAUGACCUUGGUGUGUCAUUUCGUCUCAUCAUGUGGGUUUGGUCUGCUUUGGCCUGCCUGGUUGUCCUGAACUGCUUCCUUAACUGGCCCAAGGAAUCCUUCCCUGCACCCGAGGACAUCAGAUACAUUAAAACAGUGAAGCUGAACGGCAUCGUGACUGAGGACAAAGUGACUGGAGACCGGUCUGUGACACAUGUGACCAUGAUGGAGGACGUGGUGGGAGCCAAGCAGCCGGAGCCUGAGCACAGAGACUCCCAGAGCGCAGCCGGGGGCUCAGUGCCGCUCUGCCGUUCUGUGUGCUCCCCCAUCUUCCUGUGGAGUCUCAUCACCAUGGCAAUGACCCAGCUGCGCAUCAUUUUCUUCAUGGGUGCUAUGAACAAGAUGCUGGAGUUUCUGGUCACCCAUGGCAACCCCAAUCCCUCAGAAGAUCUUAAGAAGGAGGCGGAGGAACAGGUUGGCUUCUACUCCUCCUUGUUCGGCACGAUGCAGCUGCUCUGCCUCCUGACGUGUCCUUUGAUUGGCUACAUGAUGGACUGGAGGAUGAAGGAGUGUGAAGAGGAGUGCUCACAAAGAGGCGACAGCCAAACAGAACCUCCGAAGAGAGACAGGAAGGUCCAGAAACUGACCAACGCCACCAGGGCCUUCAUCUUCACCAACCUCCUGCUGGUCACCUUUGGAAUCAUUUCAAUGAUUGACAACCUGCAAAUCCAGAUGGUCUCCUUCGUUCUGCACACUAUGGUGAGGGGCUUCAUCCACUCCUGCUGCGGGGGGCUCUACGCCGCUGUGUACCCAGCGAACCACUUUGGGACGCUGACGGGCAUGCAGUCAAUGAUCAGCGCGGCCUUCGCGCUGCUCCAGCAGCCGCUCUUCAUUCUAAUGCUGGGACCUCUGGCUGGAGACCCUUACUGGAUUAACUUGGGGCUGCUCAUCUUCUCCCUGGCUGGCUUCCUGCUGCCGGGCUAUCUCUUCUAUCACCGCAGAACCCUGAUCAGGGCGAAGGCUGCACGUGACAGACUGGCAGCUGGCCAAUCCAACCCGGAGCACGCUCCUCUGACCCAAUCAGCUGGCGGGGCCCCUAAGAACCGGGCCAAUGGGCUCCCAGCUAAUGAGCACACGCCCAACGGUUCUGCAGCGUAGAGCUGUCGGGGCGGAAAUGACCCGUUUAUGUAAUGGGGUUUUGGAAUUACUGUUCUGUACAAUGUUCACAGCAUCAUUCAGGUGUGAAGCUUUAUUUUUAUGAUUUAUUACAAGCACAGUUUUGUGCAAGACAUAAUGUUUGUUAACUUGUCUUCCAUCACGAGAUGCUUUAAAGUGUACGUGUGAAGCCGUGGUCUGAAUCUCAGCUCUGCUGUGUAGAGAUUUCAUGAUGAUUCCCUUUUUACGGGGAUUCGCUUUCUUGACUGAUACAAAAUGCAUCUCAGUCCUUUAACGGCUGCAUUUGGGGACGGAUUCUAUCGUACUUGCCAAUUCAGAUGCUUUUUCAGACGAAGCUACAAAUUAUUUAUGCCAUCCACACAAUAAGUCUAAUCAUUUUCCUCUAAUGGUUAGGAUUUUAUUUAAGUUAUUUAUAUAUUGUACUAAACUGUGCUAUGCAGGAUCCAUGUCCUUGGUUGGAGCCUCUGUCUUUCUAGUUUAGGCUGUGCUCUGACUUGUACCACAGAGCUGAGCUCCUCUGAGUCACUGCCUUUAACAGUGAAGCUGCAGCAUCACCCACCUGUUGAUGAGCAGGAUUAAGGUGACUGCGCUGCUCUUUAGCUGCAUAACGAUGAAGCAGAACAUGGUGGAAUCAUAACAUGAACAUCUGCAGUAGUGGAGGUUCAAAUGAAUUCUAAUUAUGUUUAGGUCCAGGAGUUCUAGAUGUUGCUACUCCUCUGUCUGCUUCUAGGAACAUGAUGCUUGAUGUGACUUAGUAGAGGCGACUCAUUCAGACAAACAUGUUCACUAACAGACAUCUGAUGUUUAAUAGACCACAUUUAAUUAAGUUAUUGUUAUUUUGUUGUCUUUAUGUUUAUUAAAUUCCUAGAAAUGA